AUGGCGUCCCUGACCAUGAGCAUGGUCGUCCUUGUCUCCGCUGCUGAUUUCCCGAGCGUAGGGAAGAGGGGGCCCCCCACUUAUCUCCUGUGUGCUGCCAGCUCCUCCGGGUGUUUCUCCAUCGCUUGCAUCUCAAUCUCUGCGGCUUUUUGGAAUUUUGCCCUAAUUUUGGUCUCUCUUCAGCAUUUCAAGCCUAGAAGUCGUUUUCUUCUCUUCAUCCCGAGCACCUCCAUCGCUUGCAUCUCAAUCUCUGCGGCUCUUUCAUUUUUUCUCGCAUUCGUCUCUCUCGAAAAUUUGAAUAAGGCACGAUUGCGGAGUUUUUGUAAUGAAAUUCAUGGAAUUAUGGUCAAUGGGGGGGUUCUCCAAAUCAAUCGAUGUGGGAAAGUUGAAACAUUACAGGUUGAAGAUUAUGGGGAGUAUGUUGUUCUCAACACAAAAUGCACACCGAGACCGUGUUCGGAGAGAUUAAAGGGGAUUGUAAUUUGUGAUAAGACUGUAUAAAGUUAGCACAUUUGUAUGUAAUUUAUGGUGGACAA